GGGGGAGGGAGUCUUUAUUUUAGAAACAGUUUAAACAGCAUAGCAUCACAGAGUGCUGCGGGCACAGAUCUAUUCUCGCACCUACUCCUACGUUAUUUUCGCGGUGCUUAAAGAGUGCAGGGUGAUUUAAUUUAAAACAAAUAUUAUACACGCGUGUAUAUAUAUAAAAAAACAUUUAGAGUUUGUUUCAUCAAAGCUAAGACAAUACUUCCAGAGCAACAGGACAAAUCCCAGACCAAACUCGCACAAUUGAGCAACAGAGCCACUUGCGUGUCAUCUUGCAACGUGGCGCUUCCGCCUCUCGGAUUACAGACAGUUUGAUGACCAAUAGAAACCAGGGUUACAUCGAAAAAGGGGAAAUGAGACAUGUUAUCUGUGAAUUAAGUGGCUGUGUAUGAAUUUGCAAAUAAUCUGGAUUUGGUUGUACUCUGGUAAUUGAGUAGUAGUCAACCGGCUACAUUUGAAACGUAAAAACAGGUGAUAACCGGUGCAGUAUAGUAAAUCCAUGAAUGGAAACAUUAGCUAUAAAUUGAGGACGGCUUAGAGACAGGUUUUUUUUUUACGACGUAGCUCAUAUUUGAAUUGCAGUGUUGAAGCAUUGCUGUGUCGUGCUGUUUUGGGUCUUUACCUAACUAACUUCUGUAACUAUUUUGCACGAUUGGGUGCGGGUAAGUAGCAAAGGCAAUGGACGGGUUAAUGUGCUUGGUGCUGCUGUGUGCAGGGACCGUGUUCAGCAAACCCACGUUUAAGAAAGAACGAGUUCACCCCGACCCCGAACUGAGUAAGGAACCCCAUGAAGACAACCAGAGCUACCAGUAUGAUCAUGAGGCCUUUUUAGGAAAAGAAGAGGCCACGACGUUUGACCAGCUAACUCCAGAAGAGAGCAAGGAAAGGCUUGGGAAAAUUGUAGACAGGAUUGACAGUGAUAAAGAUGGUUAUGUAUCUACCGAUGAGCUGAAGAGCUGGAUCAAGAGAGUUCAGAAACGCUACAUUUAUGAAAACGUCGCAAAGGUUUGGUCAGACUAUGAUUUAAACAAGGACAACAAAAUUUCAUGGGAUGAGUACAAGCAAGCUACCUAUGGCUAUUAUCUGGCCAAUCCAGAAGAAUUUGAAGAUGCGAACGAGCAGUUCAGUUUCAAAAAGAUGCUACCACGCGAUGAGAGGAGAUUCAAAGCCGCUGACCUUGAUGGUGACCUGGAUGCUAGUCGGGAGGAAUUUACAGCUUUCCUUCACCCAGAGGAGUUUGAGCACAUGAAGGAUAUUGUCGUCCUUGAAACACUAGAAGACAUAGAUAAAAAUGAUGAUGGCUUUGUCGAUGAGGAUGAGUAUAUUGCUGAUAUGUUUGCUCAUGAAGAAGGUGGUCCUGAGCCCGACUGGGUGAAAACGGAACGAGAGCAGUUCUCAGACUUUCGGGACUUAAACAAAGAUGGAAAGAUGGAUAAAGAUGAAAUUCGGCACUGGAUUCUUCCUCAGGAUUAUGAUCACGCCCAGGCUGAAGCUAGGCAUCUGGUCUAUGAGUCAGACAAGGAUAAGGAUCAAAUGUUAACCAAAGAAGAGAUUCUAGAGAACUGGAACAUGUUUGUUGGAAGCCAGGCCACAAAUUAUGGAGAGGAUCUCACCAAAAACCACGACGAGUUGUGAUCUCUGUAGCUGCCUAACCUGUAGUCGCUUCAUUGCGACACCAGCUCCGCUGAACUAAAGAUAGGAAUGAAGCCACUGGUGCUGACGAACAGUUAAUUUUGAAGAGCACAGUGCAGUGUAUUACCUCAUUUUCAGGGGAAUGUCGGCCCUGCUGCCUGUUUGCACCAAUAAGGUUAUGCCUACCUUACAGAAAUAUGAAUGAGUAGAUUCUUCCAUAUGGCUAAGAUGGAACUUUGCUGGUUUCCCCUACACAGGGUUGCUAGGAGCUGCCUCCUGUGCCUCAUUACAGCCAUUGACAGCAUGAUGGUGCUUUUUAAAGCCAGAUCUCUUUAGAAUCUGAAACGUUUUGACAAAAUCUUGACCGAAUCUGGUUUUGUCUAAACGUCUUUUGCCAUUUUUAUUCUUGAAGACCAUGAUACAAUCUGCUUCUGAAGGACUGUGCUUCACUUUCAUUACUGGUGUCUUUUUUUAGCUUUUUUUGUGUAAACUAAAUAUGAACGUACAGCAUUAGAAGCUAUGUAUUAUGGUUUUAAAUGUGAUAAAUAUGCUUCCACUAAAUCACAAUUUACACUCCACUAAUUGUUUUUAUAUAAAAAGUCCUGUAUGAGUUUGGUGUUCCUCUAAAUUGUGGAAAUUUAAUGACUUUUUGGAAAGUGAUCAGAUAUGUUGGAUAAUGUUUAUCAGCACCAUAUUAUCAUAUCAACUAUUGUAAAAGAGUUGUCUUGAUGCAUCAAAUUCUUUGCUCAGUGGUGAUCAUGACUUUUAUGUUUUUCAGGAGUAUUUCCAGCAAUUGAGACAAGAGUACGCUGUAGUUAUCAGAAAGAAGCUUUUGAAGCUUCGAUGACAAUGUUAAAACUGUAUUGGACCAUUGCUGACGUCUAUUUUAAACCUUUAAAGAAAAAUUACCAACAACUGUGCAUUUACAAAGUGCAUUUGCAUGUAGUUUUAGCCGAUUAACUGUUUAGUUUUUUACACAUUUCAUGAAUGUUUUUGGUUCGUAGAAUAACAUGGGGUUGCAUGUGUAAAGUUUUAAAUGUGUUUGGAGCUUCAGCCAUGUGUUUUUCUCAUUUUAUGACUUGGUGAACUUUUAGCGGUUUUCAAGUAGUGCUAUCAGGUAAGAGUGCUGUGUUCAUCAGACUUGACAAAAUGCAUGAAGAGAGCUUGAUUAUCUGUGGGAUUUUUCCAUGUGUUUUGGCUCAUACCUGUUUUUGGAAAAGGUGAUGGUAAUUAUAAGCCUACGUUUUCUGUAAAAUAUUAUAGGUUCAAACAGUUGCUGUAACGCGUUUUACAUUAGCAGUUUUGUGAAAUGCUACUUUACAAAUGCUAAUUACCAGAAGCUGCACUUACCUUUUAGGACUGUUUUAUGUAAUGCUUCAUCACUACAAACCUCAUUUUAAAAAAUCAGGAACUGAUUUUAUUCAUAAUAAAACAACUUCUAAAAAGUCA